GAGGCGGGGGAGGCCCGUGUGCAGUCGGAUAGGCCUACUUUGUCACAAGGCCAUCCUUGCUGGACAAGACAACAUGGCCGCCGAACGAGCAAAAGCAACCAAGCUGGGCUUCCAGUUCCAGGCUGCACAAGAGCAGGGACUGCAGCCACAAAUAAAAAUGGAGGAGGAGGAUGAAGAGGAGGAGGAUGGAGCAGUGAAAGGCCCUCGUGUGAUCCAGGCUGGGAGCCUGAGGGACAUUCUGGGAUGGGUGGCGCCGGAACAGGUGAAGCAGGAGCCGGAUGAUGAGAUGCCCCAGUGCUGGGAAACCCAAGCUCAGGAGCACCUGAAACUGGUCCAAUCCCCACAUUCAAGAUGGGGGAACCCACAGCAGCCAGAGGAAUACCUUGUGAGACAGCGAGGGAUCAAGAGAAGGGAGCAGCAGGUGCCAGUGCUCUUCGAGGAGAUGGAGGUUAAUUCCCCUGAGGCAGAGCACACCUUACUGGACAGGCGGCGGCACCUCCGCCGGGAGGCCAAGCAGGGGCUCGAGAGGGAAGCCAGUUCGCUUGUUGGCUCCAUCCCGCCGAUGCCCAGUUACCCCAAGAUAUGCCGCCGGGGCACCAACUGGUCGUACGCUGAAGUGAUUGAUCUCCUGGACAUAUGGGGGGAACAAAGGAUCCAACAGGUCCUGCAGAGCAGCCACCGGAACAUGGACACCUUCCAGGUCAUCGCGAACGAAAUGGCCAAGCGGGGUCACGAGCGGACGGCCCAGGAGUGCCGCACCAAGACCAAAACGAUGCGGCGGGAUUACAAGAGGGUCAAGGAGAAUAACUCCGCCGGGAAGGGGCGCCUCACCUGCCCCUUUUACGAUCAACUAGAACGCAUUUUGGAGUCUAGUAUGCAGCCCUCUGGGAGAGUCCAGAGUUUUGCCCACCAAGAGGAAUCGGGAGGGGAUGAUGCUCCCCUGUGUGCUUCAGAGGAGGGUGCUCCCCAUGAAGAAGCUGAGGACUAUCUGGAGAACCAGGACCUCUUUGACCCUUCCACCCAGUUCUCCAUUGAACUUGUUGAUCCGGUGGACUCUGCUGCUGUGGUGUGCAAGAGGGAGAACACUUUUGAGGAACCGAUAGGCACCCCUCGACCCGCUGUCGAAGCUGACCAUUUGGCUACCCCCUUGCCACCUGCCUCCCACAGCAUCCCUGGCAGCCCGGCCACCACCGGCUCCACAGCAGAUGUGCACAUAACCCCUUCCCACAGUCCGUUGCCCGGGCCUACAGGUCUCUCAGCCGCUGAACGUCUCUCCAACCUCCGGAACCGACAUAAGAAAACCAGGAACGACUUGGCCAUGGAACUGGCCCGAGCUGCAGAUCGGCGCAUGCAGACAGCCACUGACAGGAUCCUGUCUGCCCUUGACGGUUAUGCCAAGGCAGACCUGGAGGACCGUGAGAAAGAUCGGGCAGGUACUGAGCAAAUUAUCGCCAUCAUGCACCGUCAGACGGAACUGCUGGAACUGCUUGUACGGCAGCAGUCCUCUGCGCCAAUGGCCGUAUCCCCGGCCCCCACACGGCAUGUCUGGCCUCCACGGAUUGGGCAGCCAAGCCACCGGCCUGCAGGCCCGUCUUCCUCCCGUUUGGGUGUCCCCAGGCGGCCAUUGACGCCCAGAGUGCGGAACAGAAGGAGGCCUCAGAACUACAGCCCUUGAUGAUCACAUGUGCAUUGUUUAGCUUUGGGGUCUGAGGGGCAGUGAUUUUUCUGUUGGUUAAUUUCUUUCCCCUCUUAAGCUAGAAGGUAACAUUUUAAUUCUUGACUUUUACAAAUCAAAACCGAGGGCUUCAUCAAAACUUGACAGUUUGUUUCAUUCUUGCCAUAUAUGACGGAAAAGCACUUUUUCUUUUUCUUUUUUUCCUCUCCCUUAAACCCCCCCCCCCCCCCCGUUAUGUCCCAACAUUUCAGUGGCUUUUACAAAGAACCAUUGGACCGCCAUUGCUGCUGGAAGUUGCACAGCACCAAUGUUUGGCAAUCCUGGCUUAAACUGAGUCCAUGGUUGAGUUCAGGAACUUAAUGGGUAGCAUCCGGACUAAACAGAACUUGUGUGUAGCAACGCUGCAUACAUGCUGUGGGAGAAGAGUUGUUUUUGUUGAUCUCUCUUUUCUUGGAAGCCAAAAGUUGCUCCCUAAAAUAUGUCCCUGAGGGUCACACAGCCCAGAGACAUAUUUUCAGGAGUCAUAGUCAGCUUCAGAGUGAAGGGGAGAUAAAUGAAAAUUUCCCCUUCCCCAGAGCGUGCGUUGUGCACUUGCUGUCCAUACUCUUUGUUAGUCUGGGUGUCAGCCACUAUCUGAGAAUGUGACAAGCCAAAAUUUGUCUACGUGCAUCUAGGGUAAAGGUACAGGCCUCUCUGGUCAAAAGUUGUGACUGCAGGGUGGAAUUGUGGCUUUAAGCCUAAUUCUGCUGGUAAUUCUGGUAACCUUAAUUCUGCUGCGGCUUUAACCCUAAUUCUACUUUUUCAUGAAUGUGAUUAGGCCAGGCCUGCUCAACUUAUGCCUCCCCCAGCUGUUUUUGGACUACAACUCCCAUAAUCCCCAGCCACAGUGGCUAAUAGCCAGGAAUUAUGGGAGUGGUAGGCCAACAUCUGCAGGAGGGCCCAAACUGAUCAGUCCUGGAUUAGGCCAAUACUACCACAGCCUAUUCUUUCCUAAAAACAAACCUGCUCAUAGCUCUUGAGACUAGGCCCAAGCCACGAGGUCCAGAGAAGUAGCCAUAUCAUGAGGUAAUCUGAGGUAAUUGCCUCAGGCUGUGAGCACACCAAGGGUAGGUUUAGAAAUGCAAUAUGAAACCAAGUUUAAAAACAGAUUUUUAAAAGCAGAGUGGUGGUAGAAUUGGGCGUUUGGGGAAAGCUGGUGUCAGUUUCUCUAGGGCAAUGGCAUCUUGGAAUUGUUUCUCCACCACCACAACCAGAGAAGACAGUUGAACAAGGACUUGGGGAAAGAAGACGUCCUGACAGCCACUAGCUUAGAUGGCUUUCAAAGGGGAUUAGACAAAUUCAUGGAGGCCAAGUCUCUCAAGAGCUAUUGGUCAUAAUGGCUGGGUUGAGCUCCCAGAAUCACGGCAGCGUAACUCUGAAUCCCAGUUUCAGGGGAGCGGUGGUGGGGGCGGAGGCAUGCCUUCAUCUCCUGCCUGUGGCCUCCCCAGAGGCAGCUCUGGGCUUCAGUGGGGAACAGGAUGCUGGAUUAGAUGGGCCCUGAUCCAGCAAAGCUCUCUUGUUGGUGAUCUUAAGGAAGGCCAACACAUACGUGUGUGUGUGUGUGUGUCUGUGUGUCUGUGUGUUAAGGGGAGAUUUAAUUAUUGCACUUCAGUUUCUGAAAAGGCUUGAGGCAACCCUACCGAGGUCUCCUUCUCUACCCCCACAUCCUGAUCUGAGAGAGAGAGAGAAUGAGACUGCACCUUCUUACCCGCCUCCCACCCAGCCCGUCUCUCCCUGCCUUUCGUGCACAGUUAGGUUGGGGAAGAAUGUUGCUUCGGGAGAGGCCGGUGUGGGGUUUGGGGAGCAGGGAGGUGCAGUAAUAGGGGUCCCAACUCUCUGAAGCUCUUCCUGGGGAUUCCCCCUCCUUCCAGUAUUUUUUUUAUUUUUUUGCAAUAUUCCUGGCCAAUCCUGGAGGGUUGGUAAUCCUAUGCAAUGGGAAGCCCUUGAAAGAACAUGCAAAGCUAUUAUUAAAAUACCCUCCUCCUCUGCUGAAAUCCCAAAACGCUCUACCACCUUUAUGCAGCUUUUAUGUAAAGGAUGUGCUCCAGUGGAAACUCUGCAAGCAAAUAAAACUCAGCAUCUUAAACCUCUCUUUCUCUCUCUUUUAAACCGAGCAAGUUUCUAGCCCUUUUCUUGACUGUGACGAUUUUGAACUAGGGCCUUUCUACUUGAUCUUAGGAGAGGAGUGAGUUGAUAAGAGGAUAUCAUAAUGGAAAAGAAUGACUUGCCUAGAUUAUCCAAUAUGUUUCUUGGCUGGGCAAGGAUUUGGACCAAGAACACCCCCCCACCCACCCAUGCAAAUCCAGCAGUCUGAGUCUGUCUGCUGCUCACAGCACCUUCCCCUAUCAUGCUAUGCCUUUUACAGACUGGGCAUACAGAGGAGAAAGCAGGAGCACAAUCCAACAGGGUGUUUUGCUGCACAAAUCCUUAUUAAAAUGAACAGCAAAUAAAAUUUAACUUCCAAACACUUUUUUUAAAGCAGCAAGUUUCUAAUCCUUCAUGAUGGCUGUGAACAUUUUUCAAUAGAUGCCUCUCUACUUGAUCUUAGAAAAUGGGAGGCCUGAUAAAGGAUAUGAGGUUUGUUCAGGAGAAAAUCCCCAUGGAUUUGUGCCUCAUAUUUGUACAGAAGGGAUUAGGAAAUUUACUGUAUUCAGGUACUACACAGAACACUUUUAAUUCUGUUCUUGCCACCCCCUACCAGUUUUUUCCCCUCAUCAGUUUCUAGGAAAGAAAAAACAAUUAAUUCUUUUUUCCUCUGCAAUGUUAAACCUUCUAUUCCCUGCAUGGCUUCUUCCCCUCUCCUUGUGGCCAGCAGCUGCUCAAUAAUAAAAUUAUGCUAAAUAACCCAAAUAUGCUUUUUAUUUUAAUUUUAUAUUCAGAUUGCUGAAUAUACUUUUUCUUGGUGCUAAUUUUUAAGUGUACACAAUGAGAAUCAAUAAAUUAAAAGAUCAUCAAAAAUAGGGCUGCCACCCACUUAAAGAAAACUGAUUUGAAAACUGAGAAGACAUCAGGUUUAAAUUUUUCAGUUAAAUAUGUAUAUAAGCAGUACCAAAGCCCAAAGCACCCCUGCUUUGUUUUUAAGAUGUAUAUCAUCAUCUUAACUGUCCAAGAAGGUUAUUGGAUCCAAUAGGAUUCCAAGAAGACUUGGAAGAAUUUAGUGUUGGCUCUGCCGGUGAUUCUGUUGAUGGCCUGGUGGAGAAUUGGAACAGCAAACUCACCAAGGCAGUAGACAUGAUCGCUCCUAAGCAUCCUCUCUGACCUGCUUCAAAACUGGCCCCUGGUAUACGGAAGAACUGUGGGAGCUGAAGCGGCAGGUUAGACAACUGGAGCGCAAGUGGAGAAAGACUUGACUCGAAUCCAACAGAUUACAACACAGAGUGCAUUUGAAGACCUAAGCUCAGACAAUAUGUGUGGCAAAGAAGCUAUUCUUUUCUGCCCAUAUUGCAUCCACAAGCUAGUGGAGUUGUUUAGAGUUGUCAGAGGGCUAGUACAUGCCCCUCCUCCCUUGAACGUGAAUUUGGAACCAUCAGUUACCAGUUGUGAUGUUUUAAAUGAAUUUUUCUCCCAUAUUCUGGCCGACUUGCAUAAAGACCCCACAAUUAUUGUGGAGUCUCAUGCAGAGGUGUCCAGCAACUCCUCUUAUAUGGUUAGGCUGGAUCAGUUUCAGUUUGUGACUCUUGAUGAUGUGGACAAGCUGCUUGAAAUAGUGUGGCCUACCACCUGUUCUCUUGAUCCUUGUCCGACAUGGCUUAUACUAUCUGGCAGAGGGGUUGUUGUAGAAGGCCUGGUAGGUAUUAUAAAUGCUUCUCUAGGGGAGGGCAGGAUUUCUUCCUGUCUUAAGCAGGCAAUCAUUAGACCACUCCUGAAGAAGCCUGCAUUGAAUCCCUCAGAGUUAAGUAACUAUAGGCCUGUCUCCAACCUUCCAUUAUCUGGGCAAGGUAAUUGAGAGGGUGGUGGCGUCUCAACUCCAGGCAGUCUUGGAGCAAACUGAUUAUCUAGACCCAUUUCAGACUGGUUUUCGGGUGGGCUAUGGGGUGGAAACUGCCUUGUUUUGCCUCAUGGAUGAUCUCCAAUUAGGAAUUGACAGAGAGUAUGACUCUGUUGGUCCUUUUGGAUUUCUUGGCAACUUCUGAUACUACCAACUGUAGUAUCCUUCUGGAGUGCCUGAGAGGGUUGGGAGGCACUGCUUUGCAGUGGUUCCACUCCUACCUCUCAGGCAGAUUCCAGAUGGUGUCACUUGGAGACUGUAAUUCUUCAAAACAUGAACUUUUAUAUGGAGCCCUGGCGUCCCCAGGGCUCCAUACUAUCUCCAAUGCUUUUUAAUGUCUACAUUAAGACUGCGGGGAGAUAUCAUUAGAAGAUUUGGUGCAAGGUGUUAUCAGUAUGCUGAUGACACCCAAAUCUAUUUCUCCAUGUCAGCAUCAUCAGAAGAAUACGUAACCUCCCCCUGAAUGCCUGUCUGGAGGCAGGAAUGGGCUGGAGGAGAGAUAAACUGAGACUGAAUCCAGAUAAGGUGAAGGUACUUAUUGUGUGGGGCUGGAACUUGGGAGACAAUUUUGAUCUGCCGAUUCUGAAUGGGGUCACACUUCCCCAGAAGGAACAAGUAUGCAGUCUGGGAAAGCUUCUGGAUCCAAACCUCUCUCUGGUGUCCCAUGCUGGGGCGGUGGCCAGAGGUGUUUUCUAUUAGCUUUGGCUGAUAUGCACACUGCGUCCAUUUAUUGAGAUAAAUGACCUCAAAACAGUAGUACAUAUGUUGGUAACCUCCACUUGACUACGGCAGUGCACUCUAUGUGGGGCUGCCUUUGUGCAUAGUCCAGAAACUGCACUUGAUACAGAUUGCGGCAACCAGGUUGGUCUCCGGGUCAUCUUGAAGAGACCAUAUUACUCCUAUAUUAAAAGAACUAUGCUGGCUACCGAUAAAGUUCUGGGCUGAUAAAUUCCAAGGUGCUGAUUACAACCUAUAAAGCCCUAAACAACUUAGGCCCUGUGUAUUUAAAAGAGCAUCUUCUUCAUUAUAAGCCAAUUGAGAUCAUCCGGAGAGGUUCGUCUGCAGUUGCCACCAGCUUGUCUGGUGGCUACGCAGAGACAGGCCUUCUCUGUUGCUGCCCUGAGACUCUGGAAUGAGUUCCCUGCUGUAAUAAGAGCCUCCACAUCUCUGACAACUUUUAACAAGUCUCUAAAGACACAUUUUUUCAACCAAGCUUUGGAACUAGACUUGUGGUUUUAAAUCGUUUCAAGGUUUUCAUUUGUUUUAUGUUGUAAACUGCCCAGAGAUGGAAGUUUGGGGCAGUGUACAGAUAUGAUAAAUAAAUAAAUAUAUUCAUGUUACUUAGCAGGCAUAAUCUCACUUGACAUCCUCCAGUGUGAGGAUGAGGAAUGACCCUUCUAAGAUGGAGCCUAAUAUGCGCACACGUACUGUAGCAGGCAUCAUUCUUGAUGAGGAAUUCCAGUAUGUGAAGAAACUGGGAAUGCCUCUACUAAGAUGGAGCCCAGUAGGCACACACAUACCACAGCAAGUAUCAUCUUGGAAGAGGCAUUCCAGUGUGUGAAAAAACCAGGGGAUGCCUUUUCUAAGACGGAGCUUGAUGUCUCCACAUAUACCACAGCAAGCAUAAUCAUAGAAGAAGCAUAUAUUCCAGUAAGAGAGAGAACAGGGAGUACCUCUUCUAAGAUAGAGCCUGAUAGACGCACACAUACUGUAGCAAGCAUUGUUUCAGAAGAGGCAUUCCAGUGUGUGAAUUGGGAAUGCUGCUUACUAUGCACUCUAUAAGUGCUUAUAUUAAGAAUGAUAAUUUAAAAAAACUAGUGUACAUUUAAAAAAUGAGUGUACAAAAUGCAGAGUGGUAUGAGGCCGCUGCAAACCAUCGCAGGGCUUCUGUUGCCCCUUAAGGCAGCUCUGAUGAGGAAAAUGCACAGUUGUGCAAAUAGCACUGCUUCAAUUCCUUCCAUUGUUGUGAAUUGGGGAAACUGCAGAAAUGCUUCUAGGGUAACUGCCCAUUCUUAAUAGCAUUGGCCUGCUACAGAGUCCUAAGGCAGCCGUAACGCCAAGUCCAUGACUAAUAGGAUAGGAGCAUGUUUCUAAUGCUGUUAUGGCAUAAGAAUGUUCAUAUCAUUUAGCCAGCGGCAUCACAAUUUCCAAUGUUCCAGCAAUAUGCUUUUUUUUUUUUUAAAUUGAUUUUAGUAUUUCAGGGUAGAUUUUGUUUAAACCGGCCUUCUUGAUAAGUUUAUAACUUCUCAUAUAAAGAGUGUACUGGACUACAGCAUGUUGUCUGUUUACAGUUUCAUGAUUCUCCAAUAAAAGGUUAAUUUGUA